UCAGUUGGCAGAUUGAACAGCGAAGAACUGCUCCCCUCUCAGCUCACCAGAUGAUCAGAAGUCUCUGGGCUUAUCGCUCUGGAUUUGUCUCCAAGGGAAUUUGCUAGUCGGAACUUAUGAGACACUUGAUUCGUGGAUUCCCGGACCGUAAAGACUUCUUCGGACGCAGGCACUCUGCUGGACAGAUAGUCCUGGCACAUUCACUCCAACAGAGAUGAGUAAGCAGCAGGAAACCUAUGCAGAAUUGAACCGGGAAAGGCUCCGUCGGCCACUGCAGGAAAGAAGAUCAAAGGGCUCAGAGAGCAAAAAAUCAGCGAGGGAACAGUCAGUGACCUACUCGGAGUUGACACUGCGUAAUCGACCUCAGCCAUGCGACGCAUCUGAGAGUGCCCAGAACAAAGUAGAUUCAUCGACCACAAAAUGGCGACAUAUUGCAGUGACCCUGGGGAUCUGCUCUCUUGUACUUCUGGUCACGACAGGCUUCUUGGCUGCUCAGAUUAACUGGAAACACAGAGGUUCAUCACAUGCUUCUCUGAACAUCACAGACUGGACAAGCCCAAAUCCUGGAGGCCAGAAAGGAUGCAACCGUGGCCUUUGUCCAGAUGCCUGGGUUGGGUUCAGAAACAGCUGUUACCACUUCUGGAAUGAUGAAAAGAGCUGGGAAGAUGGCAGGAGAACCUGCACAGCUCUGAACGCCAGCCUGCUGCAGAUAGACGACCAGGAAGAGCGGGAUUUCCUGGCAUUGUUUACCCUCUACGGAUGGAUCGGACUGUCUCGUGAUGGAGCUGGAGGAUCCUGGCAGUGGAGGGAUGGCACAGCUCUCUCCAGUGACCUGCUCACAUUAACAAAGACAGAGCCAGAUGGUGACUGUGCUGUUUAUGGAGUGAAAAACAUUAUCUACAAUCGAAACUGUAUGAAGGCAACAAGUUUUAUCUGUGAGCAGCAGAUUCCCUAGUUGCUGUCUGUGAAAGGCCCGAACAUUGGAAUUUAUUCCAAUCCCAGCGAAGGGGCCUCCCUAAAGAGAAUUUUGCUAGAAUCCUGAGGAAGCUCAACUGCCCCGCCUCACUGAUUUUAGGGAUAUAGUUUUGACCCAAUUGUUUUUAAAAGUCCAAACGGCCCUGAAUGGAAUUGAACUUUUUGGACUUUGGACUUUUUAUUGUCCCGUGUCCUCAUGUGAUAUUUCCAAUGACCCCCAUUAGAAAUCUAAUUCAGGAAGAGCACCUGUACUGAAGUAAUGAGCUCGCUGUCACACAGUGAACUUCUCUUUGCCUGCAACAGUUCAACUUUAGGCCCCAUUUUGUCCCUUCAUAAAGAAUGACUGUAAGAGAAAAUUGAAGUGUGAACAAAAAUAACUUUGAACCCAUCAUUUCCUCUAGACUGUAAAGUCAAUAUGGGCAGGGAAAGUGCCCACCACCUCUGUUAUAUUGUACUUUCCCAAGUGCUUAGUACAGUGCUCUGCACGUGGUAAGGACUCAGUAAAUACGAUUAGUUAAUGAUUGAUUGAUUAAUUGAUUU